AUGUUAAAGGUGAUUACGGGGCGGUUGGCUUUGGACCCGGUCUUCUGCAUUGCUGUCUGGGACGAUUGCUUCUGGUCUCGCUCGUUUUUACGGCGCAUUUACUGGCCAACAGCUACUGGCUGGAUUUCCGGUGAAAUUUUUCGAUAUUACGACCCUUAUGACGAUAUUGGCGAUUCGCCGACGAGCUUUCGACAAAUCGAAAAAUGUCCUGAGUAA